GCGGGGAAAAGCUACGCAAGCAGCCGCGACGCCAUUUGUCGCGGCCCAGCGUGGGUGCAAGCGGAUCUCGGAAGAGCUCAGUUGUUAGAUUCUCGCGCGCGCGCGAUCCGCUCUCCCCCGCCUGCUUCGUGUCACGCUGUCCCACGCGUCGCCCCUCGGAGGAGUCGCCGCCGCCACCCAGAUAGGAGUCGGAGACGCAGCGAGGCCGUCGUCACCGCCAUGCCUAAGAAUAAAGGUAAAGGAGGUAAAAAUAGACGCAGAGGUAAGAAUGAGAAUGAAUCUGAAAAGAGAGAGCUGGUGUUCAAAGAAGAUGGGCAAGAGUAUGCUCAGGUAAUCAAAAUGUUGGGAAAUGGACGAUUAGAAGCGAUGUGUUUUGAUGGUGUAAAGAGGUUAUGUCACAUCAGAGGGAAACUGAGAAAAAAGGUCUGGAUAAAUACCUCAGACAUUAUAUUGGUUGGUCUACGGGAUUACCAGGAUAAUAAAGCUGAUGUAAUUUUAAAGUACAAUGCAGAUGAGGCUAGAAGUCUGAAGGCAUAUGGCGAACUUCCAGAACAUGCUAAAAUCAAUGAAACUGAUACAUUUGGUCCUGGAGAUGAUGAUGAAAUCCAGUUUGAUGACAUUGGAGAUGAUGAUGAAGACAUUGAUGAUAUCUAAGUCGAACUCAACCUUUCACAUUCCACUUUCUUUGAGGAUUAUUCAACAAUUUGGAUUUGGGCUGUGACCCAUUAAAGAAGAUUAAAAUUUCAUUAGCAUGAGUGCAGUUUGUUAAAGCAGACUGAUUUGUUUCUAAGGUAUUUCUUUAAAAACUAGUAAUGCUGAAUUCUCUUAAAUGUUAAACCCACUUUGUUCUUUUGAUGUGACGGAGCUUGUGGGUAAAAGACCACAUCUGCUCUUCUAAAAGAAAAAAAAUGCGUUAACUGCCUUUCCCACUUUGACCACUUCCAGUAAGUAAAUGGAUGUUUUGAGUAAAA